AUGGUAUAUGGAAGAAGACUGAGUGGUACAGAUGCAGCAGAUUCACUCUUUGAAAAAGAUACUGGGGUUGGGAAAUCGAGCAUUGUUUGUCGAUUUGUCCAGGACCACUUUGAUCACAAUAUUAGUCCUACUAUUGGAGCAUCCUUCAUGACUAAAACUGUGCCUUGUGGGAAUGAGCUUCAUAAAUUUCUAAUCUGGGACACAGCUGGUCAGGAACGGUUUCACUCCCUGGCUCCAAUGUACUACCGAGGUUCAGUCUAUGACAUCACCAAACAGGAUUCAUUUCAUACUUUGAAGAAAUGGGUGAAAGAACUAAAAGAACAUGGUCCUGAAAACAUUGUGAUGGCCAUCGCUGGAAACAAAUGUGAUCUUUCUGAUAUCAGGGAGGUUCCUAUGAAGGAUGCCAAAGAGUAUGCAGAAUCUAUAGGUGCAAUUGUUGUUGAAACCAGUGCGAAGAAUGCUGUUAACAUUGAAGAACUUUUUCAAGGAAUAAGUCGGCAAAUUCCACCCUUAGAUCCUCAUGAAAGCAGUAACAACGGAGCAAUCAAACUUGGAAAGCAGACUUCACAGACGGGUAGGCGGUGCUGCUGACCCGGCUUGAUCUUUUCAGAUUUACUUGAAAAACAGCACCAUUUGCUUUUUCACUGAGAAAGGACUUCGUGAUCUCAGUGAUGUGGCUCCUUAUUUUGAAAGCAGUAAUAUCAAUACUUCCCAUGAGCAAUAAUACAAGGACCAGAGGCAGAAGGCUUUACUUCAAAGAGAUUUUGCGAAACAGUUGGAAAAUCCUCUUUUAAUAUCCUGUCAAAAUUACAGUGUCAAAGUACUCUGAUUCUUUUUUUUAAGCCAAGGACUG